CUCUUACCCUUCGGAGGGGUUCAGUCAUCUCGCGCCAGCCGAGCCACGCGCACUCGCUUGUUUUACGUUCUGGGCUCGGUGAAAGAUUCUCUCUCUGCUUCGGACGCCUCUACGUUCUCACGCGUUCUCUCUCGACCACGGAUCGUCCGACGUCGUUCUAAUAACCCCGUGAAAAACGGGGGUUGAACCGUCGAUUUAGCAGCGGACCGCGCGCGGUCUCGCGGGAUCGUGCCAGCGUCUCCUCUUUUUUUUUCCUUCUCCCUCGGAUCGAGUCGGAGUCAGGAUCGCCUUGGCCUAUCAGCCCGGUCAGUGGACAGCUAGACACACGGAACCAGACCGCCUCCUCCGGACGGAAGCCACGGAACACCCCCACUUCUUCUUCUGGUCAACCUAAGCCUCCCCCACCAAGCAGCCGGAGUGGAGUGUUCCGCGGUGUAGAGUGGAAGGCACACCGGGUAGCGAGUUUCACGGGUGGAGAACCCGCGGAUACGUCGCGAUCAACCCCCCAGAAGAAUCGCCGGUAAGGUGGAGGACGUUUUUCCAUCGUUUCGAGUUGUUUGAACGCGCUGCUUUCGACGCGAAACGUUUUCCCCCUCGUACGUUUCUGCGUCUUAUCGUGAUCUCGCUCGUUUCGUCCGGUGGACGCGCGCAUACCCCACCCUCUGCGGACCAUUGCCACCACCAGUUGGCAAACAAACCCUCUCCCCACCCCCUCGGGCGUGAGUAGAGAGAGCCGAGCUAGGGAAGAGAGGACAGUGGCAUCAUCGCGCGCCGCCAAUUCUCGACUUCUCUUCGUGAAUUCGCGCUGGUACCGGGGACUUCCGGUUCCACGGCGUCGUCGAAGGGUCGCCGGAGUCGUCGUUCGUGUUGCGUCGAAUUAAGUGAUCCGUUUCGUGGAUGUCCAUCGGAUGACAGUGCAACUUGUUGGGGGAAAAAGAGAAAGAAAAAAACAACAGGGCCAGUGCUUUUUUUCUCUUCGUGGACGGUGUGCAAAUAUACGAUCGAUGUGACAAGUUUUUCGUGACCAGUGUGACUCGAGGGAAUAGAUUACCGGAGACAAGCUUGGUGAUCGAUACCUGGCUCGCAACCUCAGUCGGUUCGAACUGAUCGGUGUUAACGCGAUGCCAAAGUGAUACACUCCGCCACACGAAACUUUAGACAGAGCCACCGUACUAUACGAGUGAGUGAUGAGACACGGCGACGACACGCGAUCGGGUGAAGUUUCCCUCUUCGUGUAGGAAAAUCGACGUAAGGAAGUUACGACCAACGACUAUAGUCAGACCCAUCCACCUUUCAUUGAAUUCCGGGAUCUCAUCGCCGGGAGAGCGCUACUAUGUUCACCAAACGAGAGACAAGAAGCGGAGGAAACGGAGAUACUCGUUGAGAAAGGGAGAAAUAGAGAGAGAGAGAAAGAGAGAGAAGUCGAGGCCAAUGUGUUUCUUCCUUUUCUGGUAGCUCGUUCGACAAACCAAUAUCCGACCCGUCUGUACUUUGAAUCGGGCAAUGUAUCUCAGAGACGAAGGUGUCGCGAGGAAUUUACUAGAAAGUAAAAAGAAUGCAUUGAAGAGCCGGCCGAGUGAGGAGAUUCGAGAUGUCCGCCGUAACCAGCCCGUAUGGCCCCACGGAGAGUCGAGUGUGAGCUAAGAUUCCUCGCUUUUCCCGGGUCGAAGGACCCGGAGUCUGCACCUGCCUCGGUGUCUGAUGCCCCGGUUCCUUUCUCAUCAGCGGAGAUGCUUUCCGACUCGGUGUACAACUACGCGACGACCCGGCGGGGGACCGCCGAUCAGGACAGCGACUCCCAGUACGAGGGCCAGGCCCAGCUGCAGAUCACGAGCAUCCAAAAGCCGCGUAACAAACGCAAGAACUUCAAGCCGAUAAGCAGCCGGAUGGUGGAAGUGUCCGAUGAAUCUGAAAAGGAGGACGAUGAGUUGGAAGCGUUGGAGGAGAGUUCCAGUGAGAUAUUGGAAUACGAGAGGAAGACGAUGCUGUUGCCAGCGGAGGAUAGAUCGAAGCAAAGGCUGAACAACAACGAGGUCAGCCCCAUGGAUCUGUCCGUUGCCACCAGGCCACCAUCUUCCGAGGCUGACGAUGACAGUGGGGAUUCACUUAGGCAUAAGUUCAUCCUGGAACAGCUCAGAUCUCAGAAACUUUACUCCCCUGGUACUGAGGCCAGGAGUCCGAACUCAGAAUCGUCGGAGAAAAGUGGAAGCGGCGUUUUGGAUACCGAAUCGGGACGAUUGGACGAUACGCCGUUCGAGGAUGAUCGAGGGCAGGAUGGUGACGGUGAGACCGAGUGCGAGGAGAGGAAACCCUUCGAAGGAAUGAGGGAGUACGCUGAAUCGACUAUGCAGGAGUUGUUGGCGAUCUACGGGCUGGCGGGAGGAGAAUUGGCCAAGUCAGUGAGCAGACAGCUACCGCCGACCUUUCUGAACCCUCCGACUGGUCAUCAGCCUCACGGGAAGGUGAAAGUGAAAGAGGAAAAGGAUGCAUCGUCAAUGGCGCCGGGAAGUCCUCCGACGCCUCCGCACACCCCCCAAAGCCCACCGCGACACAAUCCACCCCCUAGCAACCUGUCUCAAUCCUGUCAGACUUCGAAUGCCAAUUCACCAAACUUACAACAGCAACAGCAGCAGCAUCAGCAACAAGAAUCGAAUCAACAACAGCAACAGCAGCAUCAAUCGCUUCACGCGAUGGCUAACACACCCCUCAGCCAGAUCUUAGUGCAGAAUCCGGCAGUUGCUCAACUAUUGCAACAAAAUCCAGCGAUUCUGUCGCAGAAUCCGCAAUUGGCGCAGUUGUUGCAGCAAAAUCUUCAAGUUCAGAUCGGCAGCGUCCUUUUCCAGAACGUCAGGAGGGAGGAACCUGAAGAGCCGAGGGUACCGCCGACAAUAGCGAGCCUGGCGGCGAUGAAGGUGGAGGCAGCUGACCCGAAGGUUUCCGCAUUGUUGAGACAAAGCAUGUCUCCGGUUGCGGACACCUUGAUCGGUAGCUCGAAAAGCUCUGUGUCACAACCGAUAAUCGAUUACUCCCGAUACGUGAGGCGGUACACGUCGGGUCAAGAAUGCGGUAGCUCGUAUUGUAAGGAGCUCGGUUGCCGAGAGCAUUUUCACUGUCUGGACUGCAGUGGUAGGGUCUUUGUGAAAAAGGAGGAAAUGAUCAGGCAUUUCAAGUGGCACAAAAAGAGGGACGAAUCUUUGCAGCACGGGUUCAUGAGGUAUUCGCCGACGGAUGAUUGCUCGGAGAGGCAUCCGGGUCGUGCUUGCCCCCACAAUAGAAAACAGACACACUACCACUGUAUCCAUGAAAAUUGCGAUAAGGUUUACAUAUCGACAUCGGACGUGCAGAUGCACGCCAACUACCAUCGCAAGGACUCGGCUAUCAUACAAGAAGGUUUCCAGAGAUUUCGCGCUACCGAGAGCUGUGCUACCGAUCACUGUCCCUUCGUUGGCCAGCGGACCACGCACUUCCAUUGUCGCCGACCAGGUUGCCGGUUCACCUUCAAGAACAAGGCUGACAUGGACAAGCACAAAUCGUACCACAUCAAAGACGAGCAAUUAUCCCGCGACGGGUUCAAGAAAUUCAUGAAGUCCGAGGCGUGUCCCUUCGAGCAAUGUCGUUUCUCACGCGUCUGCAAUCACAUCCAUUGCAUACGACCUCAUUGCAGCUACGUUCUCCAUUCAUCCGGUCAGCUGUUUUCUCAUAAACGAAAACACGAGCGUCAUGAAACGGAAUUGGCUUACAGAAAGUACAAGCAGAUCAAUGCUGUUGGCGGUAUUCGACCGCCAGGAUCAUGGCCACCGGAUGAUCUCAGCACGCAGAGUCUCUCCUUGAGUCUUAAUGGCGAAAGCUCGAACGAGGAUAGAGGCUCGCCGUCGUAUUAUUCUUUGGAUGAUUCCUUUCAGAGUGGUAGCGACCUAGCGAUGGAUCUCACCGCGCCAACAACCACGGUCACUGCUAGUGGAAGUUCCACAGUGACUGUGGAUCAUCAGCAUCAGCAGCAGCAACAGAGUCAGCAGCUUACUGCCACAGAACUUGCGUAUCUGGUACCUGCGACAGUCGACUGUCCCUGUCACAUAGGCAGGGAGCAUCAUCACUGCGGAUUAGAUCGCUGUGGUACAGCUCUGAAGGAUCCUCGCGAAGUCAGGGAACAUUUGAGAGAGCACGAGACUCAAGAGCGCAUCACCGAUGCCUUCUUCGAGGAAGGUGGCUGCGACGACAGUUGUCCGUAUGCCGAUAAGGAGAAACAUUAUCAUUGUAAUUGGGAGAACUGUCGCGAAGUAAUCCUUUCGACUGACAAACCCUUCCGUCGACUGCAACAUUAUAAGAUUCAUGAAUAUAGUCGACAGUUAAAUCUCUCUUGUUCUUCUCACGCUCUAUCCUCUGAUGUUACGUUAACGCACUUGACUAAUAUCGACGCGAUGUUCAGGCGGAAGAGAGGCAGGCCUCCAAAAAAUAGGGUUAUCGAAAUUUGGUCCGGCGGUGACCCAGCUACUCAUACUCACGACUCUCCACAAGCGAUCUUCACCAGUUUCAAGCUACCCAAACCUCAGACACCUAGUCUGACACCCAAUCCUAUGAUCGAAGAGAGAGAAGGAAGUAUCUCACCUUCGAACAGUCUCGGCGAACCAGAAGGAUUCUCCACCUACAACCCAGACGGUUGUCCAGAUCCGGCUUGUGUUCUCAGAUCAACGAGACACCAUCACUGCUCGCAGCUGAGGUGUCAUUUCUCCACCGAUAGACCCGACCAGCUACUGAUGCAUAGCAAAGACUUUCACGAUAACGUCGACAUACCGCCCGGCUUUGCCUUCUUCGAUAAGAUGGUAGAUUGUCGACUGGCUGGCUGUCACAGUAAUCGCGUUAAUCGGCAUUUUCACUGUACCAGGCCGAACUGCGGCUACUCCUUCGUCAGAUACUCGACGAUGGCGAUGCACGAGAAACAGCACAGUAGUCACGACGAUCGACCUGAAUGCUCGUCGAACCAAGAAUGUCAGACGCAAAUUCAACCUAUGGUUCAAGAAACGAAGCCGAGGAUUCAAGUAAAGAAUCCGGCUGAAUUAAUCGAAAAACCUGAGGAAAGCUUGGCCAACGACAUGGAGAACAGAUCAAUUAUGGACGAAAAGGAAUCGGAGAUCCCCAGCCCAGAUGUUAAUAAGACCACCGUGGUGAGGGCGGCUGGCACCUAUUAUCCGGUCAGUGGACCGCCGAGUGAACCCGCACUUCCGGGCGUCGUGCUAUCCAUGCGAACUUCCGUGCACCAAGAGUCGCCGGUUCUUCCAUCCACGUCUUCAGCGUCGCCGCAUACCCUGUAUGGACCAGAGCAGAGCUGUAGCAGGCCUUUCUGCAAAUUAAAACGCAAAAACCAUUAUCACUGUAACGCCUGUAAUCAAGCAUUCUCCGAACUGGACCGACUAGUGGCACACAUAGCGAAACAUUCUACAGGCGCCAUUCUCAGUCAACAGCAGCACGAUCUAACCAGUCAGGCGCCUAGUCAAAUGCAACACGACUAUCUGACGCAAUUAUCGCAGAAGCACGACUUUAUGGCGCAGAACGCUCAAAUGGCUCAGAAUAUUCAGAAUUUCCAGAAUCAAAUGCAACGUCAGAUGCAGCAGACUCUGGGUCAAAUUAGCCAACAGACCCAAGUGAAAGAGGUGAAAAUCGAGCCAACGAGAUGUGGCUCGGACGUGGGAGUUCAGAACGUUCCCAACGUUAAGAGAGAACCGAGUGAAGUAUCGAGGGACGAUGGAAACAAUUCGGUGAUGGAUAACAACGAGAAUGGCCAGUUGUCUCAGCCGAGUAUGCCAACCAGUGUCCAACAAUCCCCGGUUCCCACCAGCUUCGAACUCGACCUUAGCCACGGAUUCCAUUUUCCUAACCCUGCUGUAAUGGCUGCUAUGAAUCAACAGAUAGCCCUGAUGAACCAAGCCCUGCCACCUUUCCUGCAGCAUGGCGGCAUGUACACUGGUGGACCAGGGCUGAUGUUUGCUCCAGGUUUACCUCCGACCAAUUUUCUACCUCCAACCAGAGAUGAAAAUCCUUUGGCCUCGUUAGCUGCGAAUCUUAAUCUCAACAAGAGAUCCCUGUCUCCACCUGAUAGCAAUUCUCCGGAGGCGAAGAAGCAGAGGCUUCAUCAUUCCAUGCGGAUGCUGAAGGACGAGCCUGUACCGGAGGGAUACGUCAGGUUCAGAUUCAACGAAGACUGUAGGUACCCGCACUGCGGCUACAGAGAGCACCAGACACAUUUCCAUUGCAUGCGUCAAGACUGUGGCUACUCGUUCUGCGACAAAACGCGUUUCGUUCAGCACACGGCGAGACACGAGCGUCUCGACACUCUAAUGGGCGGUGAUUUCCAACAAUAUAGAGCCAAUGUUCCCUGUGGAAGAGCACAGUGUGCCUACACCUCUUCGUUAGGCUCGAUGCAGAACAAGGCUUCGCACUUUCACUGUUUGAAAUGCGAUUUCGUCUGCACAGAUACGAACAAAGUGGUCGCUCACAGGCGACAGCAUGCGAAAUUGGACAGUAUCGCGGCGGCCGGUUUUCAGAAAUUCACGCCGAGUCAGCCUUGCGGUGGUGUCCAAUGUCAGCAUUCCGGUAAACAGACACACUACCACUGUCUUCAGUGUCAGUACGCUGUUCUGGGCCUAGCGCAGAUGUCUGCUCACAAGUAUCGACACAUGGAUACAUAACGACGAUCACCGGAGCUGCCACUCGUUGGAGAAGACUCAAGAAAGACAAUUCUCUGGUCCCCGGUAGACAUUCCUUGAAGAGUCCAGGCCCGAAGCCGAAGAAAGAGUAAGGAAGCAGCGGGGGGCUGGAUCCAGCCGACAAAUUCGGAUCUCGCUGAUGAAAUCUGAUUACAAGAGGACCGAGGGAGGAGUAAACUAAAAAAGACAAUUUCAUGCACCCUGUAGACAUUCCCUGCAGAAUUUCGCUCGCGAUUGUCCAUGCCCGAUACGCACAACGCGUAUGUACGUUUGUUCGUCGAGGCUGGAUGAUUAGGAGCAGACCCCGACCGCGGCCUAGUCAUUAAUCUUCAGCCGUUCUAUCGACCAGGAGAAAUCGAUAGCUCUUGGCGGCGUGUGUGUCUUCUCGUUCGGAUCGAAACAGCAUAUGUAUAUAUACAUAUAUAUAUAUAUAUAUAUACAUAUAUAUCGGUCGAUGCAUCGAAUGGAACUGUUCAGUCAAACUCGAUGACUUCGUACUUACCAGAGGAGAUAUUUAUUAACUGAAUGACGAUCAUUUUUUUUUUUUAAUAUUUUCACGAUCCUUCUCGAAUCGUCUCGGCGAUGGGCGAAGAAGUGGAGAAGAAUUUUUGAAGAAUUUUGAAUGAAUUUCGUGUCACAGAAUGAUUUCGUGAUGAAAGAGAUCUAUGGAACGACGGAAGAAACCUGGCAUAGAACCGUAGACAAUAAACAUGAACGACAAGUCUAUCUUAUAGCUUUAGAUCGCGAGGAUAAAAGACAAACUAUAAUAUUUAAAAUAGAAAAAGACCUUGUACAUUUCGUUUUCCUUCUUUGUUUUCCUCAUAUUUUUUUUUUUUUUUUUUUUCUAGUAUCGCUCGCGUACCCUCCGCGAAAUUAGUCGUCACGACGAUUUAGCUCCUAGAAUAUAGAUAGUUAAUAUAUGUAAAGAACUGAUACGCGAGAGAGAAAAAGCUCGAAUCUCUUUGCAGAGAACUUAUUAAUGAAAUUUACUGAAACUCGAGUCCAGGAUUAUAUAGUUCAGACUGUUGUUUUUCUAUGUAAAUGAUCACCGGCAAGAAAGGCGAGUUAAAAAGACAAGAACAUUGUGUCUAGUCCAUCGCGUCAUUGAUGAUCGUUGCUAAUUAAUGCCGAAGAAUUUUCCAAAAAUUCACGGUAAUUGGUAAAAUGAAAACAUAUAGCAAAGAGAUCGUUCGUCAAUGAUGCAAUGAUUUUUCUACGAUUGUUCACAGUUUUCCUUUUUUUUUUCUUUUUUCUUUUAAUAAGAACUCACAGUUGUUUCCUUAGUUCCUCUUUUAUGUCGACAAAGGAACUUGCAUAGCCGAAAUGGUAGCGACUCGUACUAAAGAUUAUACGCUUUCUCGGGACACGUGCCACGACUAGGAGGGUAUGCGUUUCUCAUUAAUCGUAUUACGAACAGUAUUGAUAAAAAAAGGAUAUAAAGUAAUAAAAAAAAAAGAAAAAACUGCAAGAAAACUGAGAGUUAAUAAAAAGACUGCCAGCCAAGACGAGACAGGGCGAACACAGAUCAAGGAUGAUUCAGUGACUCUUGUUCGCUUUUCAGGCAACCGUUGCUUGUUGUAAUUUUAAAGGAGUUUUAAAAGAGAAGCAUGUACGAAAGGUAUACUUUAAAAUGCGAAUGCUCGAAAUAGAAGAUCGGCUGGUGUGCGUUUUAGAUGCGGUGCGUAUCGGAAACGAUAGGAAUUCUCGCGUUCCUGUUCCCAGGGGAUACUCAGCAAUGUUACGAUAUCAUUAAUUUGGUAAAGAAGUAGGAUUUCUACUGGAAAAAUAUUUUCAUUCGUCUCAAUAUCGGAGCGAUCGUAUGCAGCAAAUUUGAGUAGAAAGAGCUUUUCCAUUUUCCGAAAUAUCAAUUAAAGAAGCUUCGUCUCUCUAAAAGUUUAUCCUUUUAAAGUUGCCAAACAUCACAGUAUGCGUUUAUCUAUUAAUUUAAAAAAUUAAUAUUUUAUAAUUUUAUUAUUCUCUUUAAUAUCCUAUAAGAUACCAAUUUUAACAAUUCCUAUGCAAAUUUUCCACUUUAUUUAUCGUAUCGUUGGAGCUUCCUCCCCUGUUAAAAAAAAAGACGAUCGACGAGUAACACGACGGACCUAAAGAAGACAGUGAAUUGCGUAUUUUCUCGAGGAAUACGAUCAACUAUGUAGCUUUUAGAGUGUGCAUAAUCCCACCGGGAUGAAAUGUAAGCGUGCGAGCGUUGGAUGAUGACGCGCUAGGGUGCCUUUAGAGUUUUCCCCGAACUUGUAGGACCGUGCCUUAGCAACAAUGACCGAUUAUUUACACAAAUUCUUUUAAUACGAACGAUAAUGAAAAGAAUAAGAAAAAAAAGACACACUGCAACGAUGUGAAACACGAUCGUAGGAAGUUAGUGCCUUAAAGAAGCGCGUCGAAAUACAAGAAAAACAAAAAAAAAAAAGAAAAAAGAAAAGAAAGAAAGAAAAUGAAAACUCAGUCGCCAAGAAUUAUCCUGUCAUUAUUUUAUAAACAAUAUCGGAGAUAAUAUUAGUUUGUUUGGAAUUUUAUACACCAAUAGAAAUUUUAGAUGCUUGUAUAUGCGAUUAAAGGAGUUAGAAACUUUGCGACUGAUAAGGAUUCUUCGUUUUUUAGACACUUUUUUCCACGUGUCGUGAGUCGAGAGUCACGAAGACGAGAAUUUAGCUCGUCAUUUUGGAGACCCGCUUUUUGUAAAUUUCGUUUGAAGAUUUUUCAAUUCCACACUUUUACAAUUCAAGCGAUUGAAAAUUCCUAACAUUCGAAAGGUUCUAUCAUAAAAGACAGUCGUUCGUUUACAAAAGAAUUCGAGCAGGCUUUUUUAAAACCUUUUACUGCUACAGAAAACUGCUUCUCUCGCGUAUUUUAACAAUUCAUACGCCGUAGUUCGUGUUAAAAAUGAAAUUUUAAGAAGUACGAAGAGAAUCCUAAAAAUUCUUCUAUACGUUUUAACGAUAUUCUUAAUAAUUUAUAUGGAACGUCGAAUUCCAAGAACAAUCAGGAGAAUUUUGAAAAUUCUUACAUUGUUACAGCAACGAUUCUCCCACGUUUAUUAUUCUCAAUAAUUUGUAUCAACCAUCAAACUUUCACGAUGUUCAAGAACAAAAAGCGGGUGCUCAGCGAUCCAGGACGAGCCUUCCCAAACUCAACCCCAAUCUUUUCCCCUAUUAGUCUCUACUAGUAUAUCAUUCCACUAGCAAGGUUACGCGUGUCAACGAAGUCGAUUAGUCAUAAAACGGUCCCCGUCCUCUCGCGAUCGAGCAAAAAUCGCGCCAAACUUCGCGACCUCGAUCUCUCGCUGUUUUAUCUCGGUAAUCGCGAGAUUGUUCAAACUAUUCGCGAGAGAUCUCACGAAUUGUACGUGUCGAAGCUUCGAGGAGAAGCGGAGGAUCGUGGAUAAGCUGCUUGAGAGCCGAGCCAUUAUUAAACGAGUGCCAUAAACGAUGUAGAGUCUCUCUCUCGAGCGCCUGUCGCUUUCAAUUCCUCUUUCGCGCGCGAUAGAAACGCGCGAAGAACGACGAAGAACCUGAACCGAAGCUGUAAAAUAUUUAUUGUAAAUCGCGAUACGAGCGCGUUUUGUGGUCUGGCGAGGACCGAAGUCGGCGAGAUCGCGAGAGGAUCGAGCGUUCAGAGGGUGAACCAACCUCGAUGGAUCAUCGCGAGAGACUUGGAAAGAAAUAAAGAGAGAGAGAGAGAGAGAGAGAGAGAACGAAAGAGAGAGAGAGUGUAUGUUUGGUGUAGCGACGAUGAACUGAGGUUGCCUUAUAACUAUCGAGCCUAUAUUAUAUAUAUAUAUAUAAAAAUAUAUAUAUAUAAAUAGAAAUAUAUAUUAUUGUGAAGAUUAUCGAUGACGAUGGAGAAAAAAUAUUAAGUAACGAUGGAAGUAUGUAUGGGUAUGUUUAUGCGUGCGUGUGUGUUUGUGUGCGCGUGUGUGAGAGGGAGAAAUUGUGUAAAAGAGUGAUAUAUGUAUACCAGUAGAAAGAAAAAAAACGUACUAUUGUUUGUGGAAAGUUGAGAGAAAGGAAAAUUUAUCGUACGGUCAUUAGUAUUAAAAUACCUGCUGUAUGGAUGUAAGAGAAAAGAAAGCUAUUAUAUAAUUUUAUCUAUUAUUAUUAAUUAUUAUUAAUUAUUAAUUAAUAUUCUCUAUUAUUAUUAUUAUUAUUAUUAUUAUAUUAUGAAUGAAUAUCGGAAACACACACCUUAUGUAGCUGUGAUUUUGCUUUCGAACAAGUAAAGAUUAAAAAUAUUUAUAGCAA